CUCUGAUUAUUCGAGCUGGCAGACGCUAGUAGAUAUUAUAGCUAGUAUAGAUCUAUGAGCAAAUAGGAGGCGACAGCCUAGGUACUUAUAUAGGUAUCGACGGCGUUGCUUGGGGAUAACAAGAACAUCUUUGUUUCCAAUUCUAUCGGACGGAUACACCACUCGAGCAGUGAUGUCGGAAGAAAAAUUAACAAAGGAAGUGUUAAAUAAAACAAAAUGGAAGGGUGCAGGCUCAGGAUUCGUUAUGGAUGUGAACACCGUGGUGUACAUAAUUGCCAACUUAUGCAGCACUUUAAUUAUUCUUCUAUGUACCUUUAUUAAAGUGCCACAGAUACUGUACAUCAAGGAGAAAAGAUCGGCAGAUGGAAUAUACAUACAGGCGAUGAUGAUGGAGAUGACUGGCUUCACCAUAGUAUCUCUUUACAACUAUACCAACGAAUAUGGUGUCAUCACGUAUUUGGAGUAUCCUAUAAUUCUUAUGCAAGUCUAUAUAAUGUUUUACUAUGUGUUGAAAUAUAAGAGGAUGCUUCAUCUGUCCAUCGUACCCGUUGUUGCUAUGAUCUAUUUCUCUUUAGUGGCUGCUUUCAUGAUUGGUUUAAUUCCGAAGGAAAUACUCAACUAUUUACUGCCUUUCUGUACUCCGUUGAGUGGAUUUGCUAAAGUUACAUAUAUUUAUGGAAUCGUAAAGGCUGGUAAUGCUGAUGCUGUUUCCCUGACGACAUGGAUGAUUUCUAUUUCCUCCAACUUUGCCCGUAUCUUCACAGUUUACCUGGACUCGGCUGACUUCAAGCUCAUGGCGAACUUUACCAUUUCUACCUUGCUCAGCACUGGCGUACUGAUUACUGCAUUGUAUUACCAGAACCAACCACAGCCCAUUCGUCAUCCGCCGCCGCGUAGGAAGCCCAGCACCAGGAGACAUAGCCACUUCGAUUAAGCCGUUAUUCGAUUCAUUGAUCUUUUACAGGAAACACUGACACUUACGCUUCGAUAAUAAGGUAUUUGAUGGCCACUUAUUUGACUAGUCAACAUAGGAAUUUGUCUUUAGCUGUCUUAUGAAUUAAAUAUUUUAUUUAACGAACAAUAUUACCCAUUUAAUUUAUAUUUUACAAUGUUUAUAAUAGUUCUCUAAAAUGCCAAACGUCUAUUUAACUUAAUUUUAUUGUGGAACGGUUUUGUCCUCUUAUUUAUUAUUUUGACCAAAGUAAUCAAAACAUUAAAUGUGAAAGUGGGUUUGUUAGUAGGUUUGUAAUGGUAAAAGUGGGCAAGUAUGAGUGAUGUGGCAAAUAUUUCAGUAAUUGACUCAAUUGCAUUUAGUAGACGCAAAAGUAAUUAAAAUAAUUACCAAAGAACAUGAAAAUAUUCAAUUAUACAAUAAAGUUUAAUGCAUUGUAAAAUUAUAAG